AUGGGAGGUUCUCAAAGCACUCGAAAAGUUACUGUUGAUAAUGAAAAUGCUAUCCAAGUGUCUCAGGAAGCUUUAGACCGGAUACAAUCUCAGCUCACGGCAAAACAAGCUGAAUCAAGACCCCCACCUGUACAAUCUUACACACCGCCUGCGUAUGAGUACCGACGUCAGCACGAGUACGCUGCUGAGGAGGCCUACUGGGCACACCGCAUUGAAAACCUAAAGAGGGCACAUGAGAAAAUAAACAGCGGAAUGCAUUUGGAAUAUCAAAAGACAAUGAAGGAAGCUACUGAAUUAUUUAAUAUGGUUGAAGGAGACAAAGUAGCCUCUAAACUGCCACCCUGCCAAGAGGAGAAGGCUAAGGUUCUCCAGUGCUACAGUACAAAUCCAAACAAAUCACUUCUGUGUUCAGUGUUAGUGAAUGAAUUCAAUGACUGUGUGUGCAAGAGCAGAGUUGCAGCCGUGACGGCCACAUCUUAA